AUGGGAUUCCUCAAACGAGUCGAAGAUAGACCCACCCCGCAGUCGGUCUACAACUGGCGAGUGUGGGUUUUCUCCUUCAUCGCCUCGUUCGCUUCGAUCAUGAUCGGCUACGAUUCGGCGUUCAUCGGUGGAACUCUGGCCCUCCCAUCGUUCACAAAGAGCUUUGGAAAGCUCGAUGCCAGCACCUCGGGAAACUUGGUAUCGACGUACCAGGCAGGUGCGUUCUUCGGUGCCUUCCUCGGUCAUCCGCUCGGACACUUUUUGGGCAGGAAGAGGGGGUUGUUGAUCACAUCGAUCGUGUUUACCAUCGGUGCGGCGAUCAUGACCGCUGCUGGUCCUAGUACACACCUCACCCCCGUGUAUGUCGGUCGUGCCAUCGCAGGUAUGGCCAUCGGCGCUGCGAGCAACCUCACCCCCAUCUACAUUUCCGAGAUCGCCCCCGCUCCAGCACGUGGUCAGGCUAUCGGUCUGUACGAAGUCGGCUGGCAGAUCGGUGGUAUCGUCGGCUUCUUUAUCAACUACGGCGUCCUCCAGACGCUUCCCUCGAGCGUCAAGCAGUGGAGGAUUCCGUUUGCAGUGCAGCUCAUCCCCGGUGGAAUGCUCAUGAUCGGUUCGCUGUUUUUGGUAGAGAGCCCGAGGUGGUUGUUGUCCCGAGGAAGGGUCGAGGAGGCCAGGGAGAAGCUGGCCUACAUCAGGCAGCUCGACGUGGACCACCCUUACUUUGUCGAGGAGUUCGGUCAGAUGCAGGCUGCGAUCGAGGAGAACAAGAUCAAGGCAGGAGGCGACUCUUACUUCGCCCCCUUCAGGUACGUCUUCCGCCAGAAGCACCUCAUCAGGCGACUGGCGUUCGGCUCCUCGCUCUUCGCCUUCCAGAACGGCACCGGUAUCAACGCCAUCAACUACUACUCUCCCACCGUGUUCAAGUCGCUCGGCAUCACAGGUACUUCCACGGGAUUGCUGGGUACCGGGUGCUUUGGAGUGAUCAAGACGAUCGGGUCGUUCAUCUUCAUCCUCUUCCUCGUCGAGACCGUGGGACGACGUCGUCUGCUCAUGAUCUCCUCCUCCGGUGGUGCUUUUGCCAUGUACUACAUCGCCGCGUACAUCGCCAUCGCCAAACCGGCUCUGCACAAGAAGACCUCGAUCGAUGGACCCGGAGCCUCUGCUCUCGCCUUCUUUUACAUCUGGACGUGCUUCUACUCGUUCGGUUGGAACCCGCUGCCGUGGGUGUACGGAGCCGAGUCGUUCGACAACACCGCCCGCCCCGUCGCCCAGAUCUUCAUGGCCGCCUCCAACUGGCUGUACAACUUUGUCAUCUCCCAGGCGACCCCGCACAUGUUUGCCAAGAUGGGCUACGGUGUCUACCUGUUCUUUGCUAGCUGCAUGGUGCUCAGCGUGAUCUGGGUGUUCUUCCUGAUGCCCGAGACCAAGGGUAUCCCGAUCGAGGAGAUGGACAACCUGCACGAGAAGAGGCCCCAGAGACAUGCGCACAGGAUGGUCAUGGAGGAGCUCAGGGUGAGGGCUGCCGAGAACAGAGGAGAGGCCGUGUUGGCCAACGCUGACGACGCAGCUUACUCGCCCAGCGAUGCAGCUAGUACCAACGGCAAGGAGGAUGCCAUGACCCAGGUCAAGAUCAACACCGCUUGA